GAUCCUUCUGUCCUUCAGACCAUUUGGUUUUCUCUCCGUUUUGUGUUUCAAUUCUAUCCAAUUGUCCAUUUACUUUUCUGAUUUUGUUUAAUUUUGUUUCAUUUUGAUUUCUUCUCUUCUAUCAUUGUGUCUGUUUUGGGAUUCUUCCUCUUCUUCUUCUAUCCCUUCAUCCAUUUGCUUUUUUUGUUUUGUUGUUGUUCUAUUUGGUUCAAACUUCUUCCCCAAAAGAUGAGCAGCGGUCGUUUGUGGACAGAGGAGCAGUUUAACUGCCCUGUGUGUCUGGACCUGCCGACAGACCCGGUCACCAUCCCGUGUGGCCACAGCUACUGCAUGGACUGCAUCGCUGACCACUGGGACUCUGAGGAGCAGAAGACCGGCACCUAUAGCUGCCCGGAAUGCAGACAGACCUUCAGCCCUCGGCCUCAGCUCUGCCGCAACACCAUGCUAGCAGAGGCCGUGGAGCAACUCCGCAGUGGGAACCUCAGCUCCUCGGCCAGGGAGUCCAUCCGGAAAGCCAGGCAAGCAGCCAAAUCUGCCCAAUCCAAAGCCAAACAGAGAGCACCAAAGCCAAAGCGGCUGCCCGCCUCAGCUGUGCCUUGUGACCGGUGCCAGGAGCCCAGAGCGGCCAUCAAAACCUGCCUAGUUUGCAUGGCCUCUUUCUGCCAGACCCACCUGAAACCACAUCAAACUCAGGCUAAUCUGAAGAACCAUGAGUUAAUUGGCCCGACUGCUGAUCUAACCCAGAAGAUCUGCCCCGAGCACAAGUACCUGCAGGAGUUCUACUGCCGCUCCUGCCAGAUUUACGUCUGUUGGCUGUGCACCAGCAACCAGCACAAGGGUCACGAGUGUGUGUCCACACAGACGGAGCGUGUGGAGAAACAGAAAACACUGACUGCAGUGCAGACAGAGAACCAGCAGAGGCUACAGGAGCGAGAGAGACAGCUAAAGGACAUGAAGAAAGUUCUAGAGACCCUAAAGCGCUCGUCCAACAUGGUGAAAGAAGAAGCGGAAACAGUGCUGUCUGAGCUGCAGCGGUCAGUGCAGAGGAUGCUGGAGCUGAUCCAGGACGUAAUGAUGUCCUCUGGUCAGGAAAAGCUGACUGAGGCUCAGGAGGUUGUGGACAAGCUGGAAGCUGAAAUAAAGCAGCUGAAGAAAAAGGAUGUGGAGCUGAAGACUCUAGUGAAGUGCCAGGACAACAUCCACUUCCUCAAGACGUAUCACUGUCUGAGUUCUCCGGAGGUCAGUGAGCUGGGCAGUGUGACCGUUAACCCAGAUGCUUCAUUUGAUUCUGUGCGUUCUGUUGUUCUGGACCUCAGGGAGAAGGUGGAGAACAUGUGCAACCAAGAGCUGGACAAGAUCAACAAGACCGUGUUCAACACAACAGCGUUCACGGUGACUGACCGGCAGAGUGGACAAAAGGGCCUUUUAAAACUAUUUUCAGGUUUGGGAGGCAAAACAGCGAACAGCCGCGCGCAAGGUCCCCCACCUCUGCCCUCUGUGAGUGUUCGAGGCCCAGGGCCAGCAGCGCGCCCGCUGGACAGGAGCCGGAAUGAGCCACAGGCUGAUAGAGGAACGAGUUCUCCAAGACCAAGAACCAGUCAAACCAGAGAAGAAAGAGAGCAAGCAGACGGCUGGAGUGUGAGCUCACUGACUCCGAGAGAGAGGCAGGGGCAGAGGAGGGAGGCGAGAGAGCCAGAGAGACAGACUGAAAGCUCUUCAAGAUCUCAGAGCAGACAGAGCCGAAACACUGACGACGAUCAGGCUGAUACUCAGAGUGUUCGCUCCCUCCGGCCUCAGGCAGGAGAGGGAAGAGAUAGAGAACAAGCUGACAACUGGAGCUUAAGUUCCAUCAGGCCCAGAGACAGACAGCGAACAGAGGAGAGAGAGACAGCUAAUGGGGAUUUGAGAAGCUCUCAGAGGUCACAGCACACACCAGCUCGACAACAGGCACAGAGACAAUCGGAUCGCUGGAGUCUCAGUUCACUCUUACCGAGAAACAGGAAGAAAAGACAGGAGAGCGUGCGAGAGGCCACACCCACUGUGCAGGAAGAGGUGGAGUCUCAGAACCCUGCUUCAGCCAAUCCAUUCUUAUCAGCUGGAACAACAGAAGUAAACCCUGGACUCUUCCUCGACUCUCCUACUGCAGAUUUCAGUGGUCCUGCUUUCCCCACACUGAGAGAGAUCGAUAUUGACAGCAUUCAGGCUCCGGAGCCCCGGACCAGAGAUGAGUUCCUGCAGUAUGCUUGUGAUCUGACCCUUGACCCAAACACGGCUCACCGCCGCUUGGCUCUGACGGAAGGUGAAACCAAAGCGACCCUGCACGCCACAUCCCAGCCGUACCCGGACUGCCCGCAGCGCUUCGACGGCUGGACGCAGGUCCUCUGCCUGCAGCCCCUUUCCUCUGCCCGAUGCUACUGGGAGGUGGAAUGGCGUGGGCGGGGCUCUUCGGUGGGUGUGGUCAGUGGAACCAUGCCUAGAAAAGGGGCAGAUGCGAAGGCAGGGCUUGGAUACAACAGCCAAUCAUGGAGCCUGGAGCUGUCCGACAUGUGCUGCGCUGCCAUGCACGCCAAUCAGAAGGAGGAGAUCCCGGUGAUCUACUGCCCCCGUGUGGGCGUCUUUCUGGACCGUGACGCCGGCACGCUGACCUUUUACAGCAUGGACGACGGCCUGGUGCCCCUGCACACCUUCUACGGCUCCUUCCCCCCGCCGCUGUUCGCUGCGUUCGGGGUGGGCAGCGGCGUGGGCGUGGGACUGGACUUCGCCAUGGGUCAGUUCAGCUCCACUUCAGACAGCAUCAAAAUCUGUCCCCUCUGAACUGUGGACACCGUUUCAUUUGGACUUUGGAGGAACACAGACUAACAAUUUGACAAAGCAACAGUUUGACAAAGUAAUAAUUUGGGAAAAUAACAAUUUGCUAAAAUAACAAGUGAACAAAGUAACAAUUGGCUAAAAUUAUUUGGUAAAGUAACAAUUUGGCCACAACAGCCAAUCAAAGAGCACCGUGGUACACACCUAUCAGAGGAGAGAGAUCUCUGCCCUCUGCUCUGAGGGCUCUAAGGGUUAUAGCAUCUUCUACUUAAAACAGUACGAAACUCUUGUGAAUGUAAAAAAAAAAUGAAAUAUUAUUAAUUUGCUUUAAUAAAAGCAGAUGGAGCUCAACAUUUACCUGCAACUCCA